AUGGCACCCUCAAUCGAUUCAUUCUUUGACAAGAAAAUCGCAGAUCGAUGGGGUCCGACGCGAAAUGAGGCGAAUGCUCUCCGCGAGCUUCUCCGAGGGAACAUCAACCAUGAGGAAGCAGCUACGAAGUUUACAAGCGAUAUUGCUGCAUCUCGCACCGCUGAUGUAGCCGGUGGAUCUUUAUGGGGUAUAUGGAUGCUGCUCCAGGAGACAGCAAAAAAGUUUCCCGAGCAUCAUGCUGAGUUGGUCAAAUUGGUAGAUGCUAUUCGGCAACUUCCAGACCUCGUAAUCAAGGGAGAAACAGCUAUUAAGUGGCCUGAACUUCCGAAGCUGGCAGAAGUAUGGGGAGAGAAUGUCUAUGAUCGGGACGAAUUGGCUUAUUCCGAAGAUCAUAUUGCAGUGACCGCAUUCACGGCCCAGCUUUGUGCCCGACAGCUUGUCGAUGCCAACGAUUUUCUGUCAUGGGCAGUAAGGGAUUUUUAUGCUGCUUUCGAGCAGACUCCGGCAGAAGCUACUAACGUUAAGGGUGAGAGCGUUCGGUUAUUGAAUGUCAAUGUACCUAUUGCGGCACAAUGGAUCUUGCAUGCUGGAGAGGUAAUUUACAACUGCGAAGAGAGCUUUAAUCUCGAGUCUAGCGAUGGAUUAUGGACGGGUAUCUCUUGGACCUCUAUUCCAACCGACCUACUCCUUGCUGAGCUAUCAAAAAGACAGCAUGGCCAAGGAAGCUCCGCGCCCGAUACCGAAAAGCCAGCAUGUGGAUCGGGCGAGCGAGGCGCAUACAAUACCGCCCUUCAUGUCUUCGCUUUAUUCCUAAUACUUACACUGAGCACUCUAGCUUGCGGCUUUCCCCUCUUCUCCCGCCAGUCCUCUAAGAGUCGUCGAGCCAAUACGAUCGUAUUCCUCAGCCAACACUUUGGUACAGGCGUCCUACUCGCAACUGCCUUUGUUCACCUUCUUCCGACUGCUUUCCUAUCUCUGACCGAUCCUUGUCUCCCUCAUGCAUUCAGCGAAGGAUAUCAACCUAUGGCGGGGUUGGUAGCUAUGGUCUCAGUUCUGGUUGUUGUGGCGUUGGAAUCGUAUCUGACAACUAGAGGUGCUGGUCAUUCGCAUGGCCAUGCGUGGAACUCGGAGGAUGAAGAACUACAGGAAGAGGACAAGAAUGCCGCGACUAAUGGUGGGUUGUCGGCUAGAAGAGCUGCGAGCCACAGACCGACAGAUAUUACCCUCGGUGAUAUGAGCUCCAGUAGGGGUCUAAUGGCAGAUGUUUCCCCACUUCCAGAAUUUACGCCGAUCGUCGUAUCGCCGCCGAAUAAAAAACAUUUUAACAAUAACGAUGACGGAGAGAAUGAUUCGGAUGAUAACGAUGAAGAAGAUCUCGACCUUAAUCUCAAUGAGCUCGACCCCACUGCGGAAGACGACGCACAACCUCUUGCCCAUCCUAACGGAAGCAACCAUAGAAGACGACAUUCUGAAUCUACCAUAUCUCAAGGCCCGCUAACACCCGAAGAGCAGAAACGACUAAUGCUUCAGUGCAUGUUACUGGAGGCCGGAAUUCUAUUCCAUAGUAUAUUUAUCGGUAUGGCUGUGUCGGUUGCUACAGGACCCCCUUUCGUGGUUUUCCUGAUCGCCAUCGCAUUCCACCAGACCUUUGAAGGCCUCGCCCUUGGAUCUCGUAUAGCGGCGAUUCAAUUCCCCCGAUCAUCUAUACGUCCCUGGCUGAUGGUCUUGGCAUAUGGGCUUACUACUCCCAUCGGUCAGGCUAUCGGGCUUGCUGUGCAUAGGUUGUACGACCCGCGUAGCCAAACAGGUUUGCUCAUGGUCGGCUUUAUGAACGCCAUCUCGAGCGGCCUUCUAUUGUUCGCGGGCUUAGUACAGCUUCUUUCCGAGGAUUUCCUCACCGAGAAGAGUUAUAAGGCAUUGAAAGGGAAGAAGAGAAGAAAUGCUGGCUUAGCUGUAUUGGCAGGUGCUACACUCAUGGCUCUUGUUGGUGCUUUUGCGUAA